AGUUACGGACGAAUUGUUCAUCAGAGAUGUUACUAAUUUUGGCGUUGCUCUGCAUCGUGGUCCCACACACUUCAGUCCUGAUGGAGAACACUGCUGUGUGAGGAGGACUAAUGGUGUGGACGUUCAGAGGAAAUGUGUCACUUUCACUCCCUGCCCCACACUGAGUCCCCUGUCUAAUGGAAUGAUCUCAUACGAUACAACCACCAACACAUAGCCACCUACACCUGUGACACUGGGUACACCAUUAGUGGAGCUACUCCGAUAACUUGUAUGAGUACUGGUACUACUAGUGCUGGUACCUGGUCUCCAACACCUUCAGCCAUUUGUACAAUCGUCACCUGCCCUGUCCUAACCUCCCCUACCAAUGGAGCCUUGUCCACCACUAGUCGGGACUACCUCACUGUUGUUACAUACAGCUGUGAUACUGGCUACGUCCUCACUGGUAAUAGUGGUAGUGCUAGAACAUGUCAAGAUACUGGUCAGUGGUCAGGAGUGGCACCAACAUUUACUUGUCCACCUGUUGACUGUGGUUCUCUGAUGGCCCCCUCCAAUGGAGCAGUGGACACAACCUCUGGAACCACCUUCAUGAUGACUGCUACCUACACCUGUGUCACUGGAUACAACAUUGUUGGUAGUGAGAUCAGUACUUGUGGAGCAAGUGGAACAAGUGGAGCAACUACACCAAGUGAUGGAGUGUGGAGUCCAGCUGCACCAGUUUGUGAACGUAUGCAUGUGAUCAAAUGUUUCACUAUGACUGACACCUCCCUCCUCUCUCAUUCAGCUGUCCCCUGUGGCAACCCUCCCACUGUUACCAAUAGUGGCAGGACUUCCACUGGUACAACAUUCGGAGAGACGACCACCUACACCUGCAACACUGGGUACCAAAGGUCAGGAUCAGCCACGAUAACUUGUCUUGCUAGUGGGAGCUGGAGUACAGCACCAGUGUGUACAGCCCUCUGUGAUGACCUUCCUGCACUGGUCAAUGGAGGGAUCCUCUACAAUCCAACCUCCACCCCCAGACUAGAGGGAGCCAUGGCUACACACAGCUGUGUCACUGGGUAUGAACUGUCCUCAUCCACUACUACUAUAGGACCUGUCAGUCUGACAGAACAUGGAGUGAACCAUCGCUUACUUGUCUAAUUGUGGACUGUGGCAAUCCUCCGGUGAUCUCAAAUGGAAUGCCCCAAUUCUCUACAACUACAUUUGGAGAGAUGGCCACUUACACGUGUACUGGGAGUUUCACUCUAUCAGGAGACUCCACUCUGACUUGUAUGGUCAGUGGAUCCUGGGGCACACCUCCAAUAUGCUCUCCUGUUUGUCAGGAUCUUCCCUCACCUGCUAAUGGAGUGAUUAGCUAUGAUACGAUGUUCUCCCCAAGACCAGCGGGGACAGUGGCCACCUACACCUGUGACACUGGGUACGAUAUAUUUGGUCCCAGAACAAGAACAUGUCAAUCAGACACUACCUGGAAUGGAGGAGACAUUGUCUGUCAAGGUAUCAGCUGUGCCUCCCUGUCUAUUAAUAAUGGAGCAGUGGACACAUCCUCUGGAGUCACUUUUGGGAAUACAGCUACUUACAGCUGUG